AUGCGUCCUUCGAAUGCCGCAAUUACGGGAAUUUAUGUUCGUGUUCACAUACUGCUUGUGGUUACACAUUUCUAUCGUGUGAUGACACCGCUGACUGCAUCCAACACUGGCAGUUGGGACCUGACCGUAUCCACCACUCAAAAUCUCGUCACGGCGGUCAUGCUCACGCCAAGUCUGGAGAUCCUACAGCUGCGAAUGGGUACUGACAAUACACCAUCCCCAUAUUUCCAUCCAUCGUUAGAGUUUCGACCUCUAAUUAAUGUCAGAACUUUGAGUUUGAUUGAGAUUGAUGAUGAAUCAGUUCUAAGGUCGUUAGGCCUCGCAAUUUCGAAUUCCACUAAAUUGGAAGAAUUGACCAUAUGGGCUGACACUGAAAGCGUGCUAUGCUUUAGCGAAAUAUCCAGUAGCCGGGACGGGCAGCUCAUUUCCGAAUUGAGGUCUCUUGAUCUGCGAGGAUUCGUGGAUUUGGGAACACCUCGUUGUCCGCUCUGGAGCUUGAUUUCGCCUGUCAAGCUAAAAUCGUUAACCUUACACGCUGGCUCUACUUUCGAUGUUUCCGACUGUACAGAGUUCUGGGAGAAAUCCGUCGAAGCCGGGUUGCGACCUAGACAGCUGUCUACGGACCUAGUGGCUCAUGGCUUCGUGGAGUUCAUUCACUCCUUUAGCGGCCUAGAGGUAUUGAGCAUUGCAUCGCUAUAUACCCCAUUUCCGCCUGAACUGCCGUCCCUUCUAGUUCAAUCUUUGCGAGUGCAGCAUUCGGCGACACUCAAAGUACUCUCAAUUAACCCCCGAGGCUACAUGGCAAAUCACCUAGACAAGAAUUUACUGAAAGAAAUGACGACCUUCUUCACUGAAGUUGAGGAGUUUCGGUUCGGAAUAGUCCAAAUUGACACUGUGAAUAACGCCAUAGUCACCCUUCAGAGAUACAGGUUCAUUUGCUGA